GUCCUCUGCCUUUCCACAACCCUCCCGGAAGAUGUUCGAAUGUGUGAGCUAUGUACGGGAGAAGAGAAACAGCGAAGCCGAGAGCACUGUAGAUGAUAUCAUUAUGGACGGCACGCGUCCUGCACUGCUCUCUAGCUCUUCCUUGGCGUUACCCAUCAUUAUUGAAUGCUUUUUGUACCCGUCCUGUGUUGAUUUUCCUCUCCAAUGGCCUCGAUAUCGCCCAGUUCAAGUCCUAGAUGGGAUAGCCGCAACCAAGGUUUCAUUUCACCUGCGCAACUCCAACAAUGGAAACAGCAACAGCGUGCAAGUACUCACGACUUCCCUUCUGACCUCCAAUCACCACCACCACACCAGGACCCGCAUCCUCAACUACCGAUGGGUGCUCAGAGUUCUGCCGGUCCCUCGACGCCAGCUGCACCGCCAGCUCCUACUCAUACUCGUACUACAUCGUCAUUUUCACUUUUUAAGCACAAACACUCCCAACAGGACACCCCACAACCACCGAUACCACCUAAUCAACAACAGAAUGCGCCGAAUGACGCAUCAAAGCAGUCUAACGUUCUGAAACGACGUAGUCCUGAUAAACCCUUAGAACUGUCGACCUCUGGUGAUGUACCCCAGACUACUGGGGAACAGGGUGCCUCAGCUCCAAAUCGCACAUCUACAACUCGACAACCUGAACCUCUACCACCCCUACAUCCCGAGAUUAAGUCAAUAGUCAACCUUACUUUGGCUCAUGGACAGAAGAUCUACUUCUCAGGGCCUAUGGUGCGCAAACUGGAACGACAACCGGAUGGACAAAAACCAGCAAAGGACGAAGGCUGGCGGGACGUAUGGGCUCAGCUGGGUGGCACGACACUUAGUCUGUGGGACAUGAAAGAGAUUGAAGAAGCUAGCAAGCAGGGUAGACAGGUACCCCCGAGUUACAUCAAUGUCACCGAUGCGUUCGUUCAAGUGGUCGGUGCGAUUAGCAUCCCUGCAAUGGGAAACUCACCGCCGCAAAAAUACAUGAACGUCUUCACCCUGAAUACCGCAGGACUGAACAUGUUGCUGUUCUCCUGCCCGACUACUCAAGCACUUAUCUCCUGGGUUGCCGCACUUAGACUCUCAGCUUGGGAGAAGUCCAGGCUGGAGGAGAUGUACACAGCUCAUCUUCUUCGAAUCACUCUGAAUGACGGUCGUGACGCGCCUUCGCCUCUUGUUCGAGGCCGAAUGGAAGGUUGGGUUCGCAUUCGUUUAGCUGGCCAGACAGAUUGGAAGCGAUUAUGGAUGGUCGUCACAGCUGGAGGGGCACACCAGGACGGUGCUUCGGUGUCUUCGACUGAUGUUAGACCCGGGUCCCCCAAUGCGCCGCCCAGGAAGAAGCGCAUGUCUAACCUCUUCUCCCGUGAAAAAAGUCCUCCGCGUCCUGUUGCACCGGCCAAACCUAUCCUACAGCUUUUCGCGUCGCCUAAGCACAAAGAUAGGAAGAAGGCGCUACUCAGUUUCCGUGAAGUUAAUCAGGCGUUUGCAGUCUAUCCUGAGCGACCCGAGUUGAUAAGUCGCAGCACGCUGAUGAAGCUUGAGGGUCAGCUUGGGGAUGAAGAAAUGGCUGGAAUGAUGAAGAAUAAAGAGGGAUGGCUGUUGAUUAUGCCAGAGUUUGAAGGCGGUAAUUCAAGGGCUUCAGAGAUGCUCAAGUGGCUCAUUGGCAUUCAUGAUGCAUUCGAGCUGUAUGGGCGUCCGCGCAUUUAUAGCUGGGAUCCUCGAGAUCCACAAUCAAUGAUGUUCGCAUAUCCCAUUGGGCCCCACAAGGAGGUAAGAUAUCAUAAUUUUCUGUCAUUCUGUGUGCUGAACGCAAUACAGCUUUUAUUUCUGGACCGUGAGUUCGCAGAGGGACUGGAAAUUCGCGAUGACCGAACUUCAACUGUUCGGGUUUCCUUGCGUCGGAUUCUCUGGGACCGAAUGCGCGGACCUGCAAGCGACAGGGCUCCGCCGCCGGUACCGAAGGACGAGCCUCCAUCACUUCCACCGCUCCCUGUAGUGAGCGAUUUGGGCCAUUCAGAUCAACCUCAGGCAUCAGGGUCUCAGCAGCCUGCGCAGGCGUCCAUGCAUCUCCCUCCUCUUGACUUCGAGCGCGAACGCGAACAUGCGACGCCUACCGUUGAAGCUUCUGCACCUCGGGCUUUGAGUCCAAUCACGGAACGUAGCGUCGCGCAGGAUGCUAGCCGGUCGCAUUCUGGUGAACAGCACCCAAGUAACCGGCCUUCACUCUCAUUGAGUCCACCACAUCCUGUCCCGGACGUAUCUCAGGAGAGUGAUAUUGCUCAUAGCGUCUACGCGGGCAUUAUCACAAUGAGUCCAAGUGCGACAUCGGCUAGUCCUUCUGAUGUGGUUUUCAAUACGAAGUCAAGUGAAGGCUCGCACAACGUCUCUCGGCCUGAUUCAAAGCUCAGCCAUCUGAAGCAGCAAUCACCUCCUCUUCCUAACGCACCAGGCCUGGUUACGAAUGGACAUUCGGCUAAAUCAACAGAAACGGACCUCCAGUCUAAUGCCACAAGUCGACCUAUGUCCCCGGAGGCAGAGUUGCAAACGUUCGCUGCGAAUGUCAGACGAGCCGCGUCUCCCCAAUGGGAGAGACAAAGUUUCACGACCAUUUCAAAUACCCAAUCUAGCCCACAUUCUCCUCCUCCCACCGGUUCUCAAGCUGCCAAUCAGUUUGGAAGGAGUUCACCGCACACUGCAUCUCCUGCUCAAUCAGCAUUCAGCGGUCGCGCUACUUCUCCAGCACAGGGAUCGGGUGUAACUACACUUCGCGAUGUGACAGAUCACCCACCUAGUAUUCGACCGGUAUCUUCGCGCAAUAACUCUGUAGACACUUUCCCGCUGCCUUCACCUAUGGGCAUGAACCCGCCUUCUCCCGUCAAGAAAGUUACUGCUCCAGUUCCACAAACGAAGGAGGAGGAUGAAGAUAACAUGCUAGGUGAUGCAGGUGCUGCCUUACAUUACAUGCGUCAUCUCGAGGGAGACAAUGCAAGACCACCCAGAUUUCGCCAUCCACCUCCUCCAAUUGCAAACGAAGACGAGGAAGAGGAAUCAACUGAUUCAGGAUCAGCCUAUACGCCUCCUCCACGGCAGAGCACGGUCUCGCCUCUCCGCGUUCAGAAACCGGCCAGUCCUCCUCCGCCUGCAGCAGCGAACUCUCCACCGAGACGUGCAGCUGGUAUGCGCACUGGUUUCGAUCAAGCAUCGCAGGCGAGCUCGAACCGUUCAUCCACGGCGACCGCGAACCAAGCAGUGUCUGGCCCACUUUCGGACCAGGCAACCGCCGCCGCGGGGACCCCGGCUACCUCCCGAUACAGCAAUGUUGUCGCUAAACCUUCUGGCGCACGUGCUGCCCCAGGCAAUAAAAUGGCAGCCGCUUCCUCGUCUCGACGCGAACCGCCCCUUCCUGCAGAACCUUCUUCUUCAUACGCGCAACCCAACGAGCAAUAUAGAGGACGGGACAUGCAUAACGAUGAGAGUGCGGAGGGACUUGCCUAUGCUGCUGAACCAGAACGACGACAAUCUGAGGAACAUGGACUUGAUGACACGGCUGACGCUCUGGCAGCAUUGACUUUCUUGGACCGUGAGGAACAACCAUCGACGUCGCAGAAGGGGCCAAUACCUGGAUCUCCUCCUCUUCCCCAGGUGGUUGAACCACCUAGGGACGGGUCACCGCAACCAAGCACGGAGAGCCAUCAAUACCGAUCAUCAUUCGCACCCUCCAGGUCCGCAGCAGAACGUAAAGCGAAGGCUCAGGCCCAGCAAGCUGCACAUCAAGUUGCUGUGACUAAACCAGGUCGGGUGAAUGGGAAAGCGAAAGUGAAGAAGGAGGGCGGUGCUUGGGCGGAGAGUAGUGAUGAGGAAGAAGAGGAAGAGGAGGAGGAGGAUGACGAGGACGCAGAUUCUGACGAGGAAGCUCCUCCGAGACGUGGUCGACAAGAGCAAAAUGCUCCUAGUGCUAGUGCUAGCAUGGCUGGACGUCCUGGUUAUCCUGGCUCUGUGCGUGGUGUGUCGCCUGGGGGAUCUGUUGCAGAAGCGGCAGGUGCUUUUCCCCAAGCAAGACGGCCUCGGGACCUGCCUCAGGUACCUGGAAUGUCUGGUGAGUAUUUCGUGUAUUUUUAUGGUGCGGAACUUUGCUCAAUGUCUCCUCGUUGUUUGUCAGGUGAAUAUUCCAAUGAACUUCUGGGACCUCAACCUCCUCAAUCCCGUCGUUUCGUCUCGGACCAGUAUUCGGACGCUGGCAGGCGGUCAAUGUAUCCCGAUGGCAGUCGGCGCGGCGCGUCACCACAGCCGAACAACAACCUUCGUUCGCAAGCCGAAUUCCCUCAGCCAGGUGCUGCUCGCCAGUCAAUGUGGAGUCAGGUUCUCGAACCUGGUCGUCCUCAACCGGAGAACCAUGGACGCGAUACGUUUGUGAACAUAGAGCCGGUAGAGGCUACUAUGACCAAGGCAUUCACACCUCAUGGAUUGUUGUCGGCGGGCCUUCAAGACAAACAGGACCGAUCGGCUAAGAGACAGGAAGAACUUGCACGAGAGACAGGCGCAUCCCUUAUCAACGUUCCCAACAAGCCUCCGCCGCCACAGACUGGUCUUCUGGGCGCUGUCACUGCUCAUGAGCGCGAGCGCAAACGUGACGGAGGGCUUGGUGCUACCUUGACUGAGCGGGAGCGUGAGAAACGUCUGGCAGAAGACCGACAGCGCAAGCUCGACGAAUACCAGCGUAUGCAGCUCGAGCAGAUGCAGCAAACUGGUUCCAUGUACGGCAUGCCUCAAAUGGGCUACAAUCCGAUGAUGGGUAACCCCAUGAUGAGCAACCCCAUGAUGCCUAUGAUGACUGGUGGCUGGGGAGGAUACCCUGGCAUGAUGAACCCUCAACAUAUGUUUGCGGCUCAGCAAGCGGCGCAAGCGUACCAGCAAGCUAUGAUGGCGUUCUCCGUAGCUGGUUCUCAAGCAGGCCCCGAUGGUGGGAAUCAAACUCCUCUGAAUCCUAUGAUGACGGGAGCUGGCAUGAUGGAUCCUCGCAUGUCGAUGAUGAGCCUGAUGAGUCCUGCGAUGGGGAUGAAUCCAGCAGGGAUGGGGAUGCCAGGUAUGAGUCCUAUGGGUGGUAUGGGAAUGGGACAGGGUAUGAACCCGAUGGGCAUGGGGAUGGGUCCUCAAAUGACUGGCGGUUCGUUCGAUCCUAGGUUUUCGCAAGGAUUCGGUGGUGGGCUUGGUACACCGAGUGAGAUGGGUGCGGGUACAGGUAGCUCGGCUCAACGACCAUAUUCUUCACAAAACAGCACUGUGGCUGCUGGUGGCGGCCAGGGGUCACCUGCGGCAUUCAGGUCUGGCGAUUCUGGAGUGGGAGAACCUCCUAGGAAUGCGGCCAAUGCAAGCCCGAGUGUCCCUGCUCGAUGAGCUUUUUUUGCCUUGCCCUCCACGAUCCAUCCACCAAGACAAAAAAUUCGACUUUUGGAUUUUUUUUGGUUUUUCAUUCAUUUCAUCGGACAGCCCUGACAUUUGGACACUCAUUAAUGACUCAUGUUUGGCCGCACUGGCUUAUGCUCUUUUGUUGGCACUGCAAUCGACAACCCACGGACGCUCUCUUGAGACUUGUUUCUGUUUGAGUUUUGGUUACUAUCUCCUCCUAAUCGACAUGUUUUCGUUCGUUUCGUUACACUUUUGCAUUUUAUCCACUACUACAUUUAUCUGGAUAUACCUAUGUUGUCUGCCAUCCAUUGACAGUGCAAUGCCGUGAUGAUUUCGCGUUG